AUGGGAGUUUCAGUUCCCAUUCUCGCGAUCUCAAUUUCCCUUCACCUCAUUGCCUUCGUUUUCGCCGUCGGCGCCGAGCGACGCCGUAGCACGGCAAAAGUGGUCCCCGACGAGUAUGACGAGAGAACAUACUGCGCUUACGGGUCGGACGCGUCGACGGUGUACGGACUGGCGGCGUUUGGGCUGCUGCUGGUUGCGCAGUCGUUAAUCAACGGCGUUACCAAGUGCUUGUGCUUCGGGAGAGGGAUGAUGGGUGGCCGCUUCACUACUUGUGCUGUUUUCUUCUUCAUUUUCUCAUGGGUGACCUUUCUGGCAGCCGAGGCAUGCCUGCUGGCUGGGUCAGCUAGGAAUGCAUACCACACAAAGUACACAGCCAUUUUUCAUGUGGAGCACUUGUCGUGCGCCACUCUUAGUAAGGGCGUGUUUGCUGCUGGUGCUUCCCUCACCGUCAUAUCGAUGGUGGCCUCGGUUUUGUAUUACUGGGCCCACUCGAAGGCCGACACGGGCGGGUGGGAAAAGCACCAAAAUGAAGGGCUCGGGAUGACUGGAUCGAAUUUUACGGAGAGUGAGCACCGGAUGAAGAUCGGUGAAUUUGAGAAAGUUUGA